AUGUAUGACGGAGAUGAGGUAUCAGCUAUAGUGGUGGACUUAGGCUCACACACUUGCAAAGCUGGUUAUGCCGGCGAAGAUGCUCCGAAAGCCGUCUUUCCUUCGGUUAUUGGAUCAAUUGAUCAAAUGGAAGUUGAUGAGCCGGAUAAUCCAGACAAGAAUUCUGGAUCUGUUCCAGAUUCUAAAUCCAAGGCUAAGCGAAAGUUAUACGUAGGAUCCCAGGCCUUGGGAUUCCGCCGGGAUCACGUGGAGGUCCUAUCUCCAAUUAAGGAUGGGAUAGUUGCUGAUUGGGAAAUUGUUGAAAGCAUAUGGGAUCAUGCCUUCAAGGAAUGCCUCUUGAUUGAUCCUAAGGAGCAUCCCAUGCUGCUUGCUGAGCCAUGUGCUAAUUCUCAACAACAGAGAGAAAAAUCUCUUAAACCAUGCACGACUAUUCCUGGUAUGGAGAAUUUUGCCGAGACUGCUCCUUCUGUUCGUGGACUGCCACAAAUGGUCUUGGAGAGCAUAAAUAAGUGUGAUGUGGAUAUUAGGAGAGAACUCUUCAGCAGUAUACUGCUUGCUGGUGGCACUGCAUCCAUGCAACAGUUAAAGGAACGUCUGGAGAAAGACUUGCUAGAGGAAUCUCCUCAAGCUGCUAGAGUGAAAGUUUUGGCAAGUGGAAAUGCAACAGAAAGGAGAUUCAUGUUGAACAUUGUGAACUGUUAUAUAAAUCGGCAUCUCUUUGGGAGGCGGCUCAAUAGAAAAGCCAUUAGGUUACAGCAUUGAUGUUACGUGUCACUUAGGAAUUCGCCAUAUGGAGAGGGUAAAUCAUUGUUUGGAUAGGUGGGAGUAUAUUGGUGUCGCUUGGAUCCUUUCAGCAAAUGUGGUUUUCAAAGUCUGAGUUCGAGGAACAUGGAGCUUCUUAUGUUCAAAGAAAAUGCCCGUAAAAGUACUUGACUGGUGCGGACAAUUAUCACAUUAGACAGAAAUUCAUGGAGCUGACUUCACUUUGAUUAGUUUGCUGACGGUAUGGGUUGCUUGGUUUUAAUAUCCUGCUC